AAGUAGAAAUCGACCAAAUAAACAUACCAAAAUGGUAGCGAAGUUCGUCGUUGUAGCCCUUCUAGUGGCAGCUGCGCAAGGCAGCGCUGUACACGGUGGAAACUAUAACAGCUUCUCCUACGGAGUAUCAGACCCUCACACCGGUGAUGUGAAGAACCAGCACGAGACCCGUGUGGGUGACAGCGUGCGCGGGCAGUACUCGCUGCUGGACUCUGAUGGCACGAAGCGUACUGUCGACUACGCUGCUGAUCCUCAUACUGGUUUUAACGCUGUCGUGCGUAAAGAUCCUGUGAUUGGACAUGGUUAUGGCGCUGGUUAUGGAUCUGGCUACGCAGCACAUGUCGCUCCUGUAGCUCCCUUGGCGUACGCCGGUCACACUGCUCCCUUGGCAUACGCCGGUCACACCGCUCCCUUGGCGUACGCCGGUCACGCCGCUCCCUUGGCGUACGCCGGUCACACCGCUCCCUUGGCGUACGCCGGUCACGCCGCUCCCUUGGCGUACGCCAGUCACGCCGCUCCCGUCGCUUACUCGUCUCACGUCUCCCACGGCGCUCCUCUAGCCCACUAUGGUGCUAGCUUGGGCUAUGGCAACCACGGUCUUGGACUCGGUUACAGCGGUCACGGUCUCGGUCUUGGUUACGGCAACGGUAUUGGUUACGCCGCCGGUCUGGGAUACGCUGGUGGGCUCGGAUACGGCCGUGGUCUUGGCUAUGGCGCCCAUUAUGGAGGAUGGUAAUCUAAUCAUUGAAAAUACCAAACCAAAAAUGAUACUCAAAGGGAAAACUGUGAUUUUUACUGAAGUAAAUAUUGUAUUUAUGAAUAAAUCGAAUGAAAUAUAAAA